CUGCUAGCCAGACGUUUAUCGAGCGCAGUUUCGUCGCCUGCGAUUUUGUGUAAGAUGGCGGCAUCCUUGAAGAAAAACAUGAAAGUCAGUGAGUCUAAAGAACAAGAUGAUUCGGACCAUUUAGAAGACGAAAAUGGCGAAAACCUACCGAACGAAAAUAAUGGCGAAGUAAAAACCAAAAAGAAAAAGAAGAAGAACAAGAAGAAACCUACUCCGGCUUCGACCGAAGUGAAUGGUCAAGACACCAAUCACGUUGAGAAUGAAAUCACGAAAACCAAAGGAGAUCUUGGCCAGGACGAAAAAGAUGAUGAGGAUGCUGUAGAAGGUGAAGGUAAUGGUGCCGUAAAAAAGAAGAAGAAGAGCCGUUCUAAAAAGAAGAAUCCUGCUGUCAGUAACGUUGUAACAGUGAAAGGUCAAACAGAUCCUCCAACAAUCCCAAUUGUUGAACUUUUCCCUGAUGGCAACUUCCCUGUUGGUGAAGAAAUGGAAUAUCCUGUUGUAGGGGAUGAUAGAACAGCUAAAGAUCGCUUUACAAGUGAAGAAAAAAAAGCUCUUGACAGAGCACAGAUGGAUAUUUACAAUGAAGUCAGAUGUGCUGCUGAAGCCCACCGUCAAACCAGGCAGUACAUGCAGCGAUAUAUUAAACCAGGAAUGACUAUGAUUCAAAUUUGUGAAGAACUUGAAUCAACUUCUCGUAGACUAAUUGCUGAAAAUGGACUUCAAGCAGGGUUGGCGUUUCCAACUGGAUGCAGUUUGAACCACUGCGCUGCUCACUACACACCCAAUGCUGGAGACACCACUGUCUUGCAGGCAGAUGAUGUAUGCAAAAUUGAUUUUGGAACUCACGUCAACGGUCGAAUUAUCGAUUGUGCGUUCACGUUAUCGUUCAACCCCAAGUACGACCGACUGCUUGAGGCCGUUAAGGAUGCCACUAAUACCGGCAUUAGAGAAUCGGGGAUCGAUGUGAGGCUCUGCGAUAUUGGAGCUGCAAUCCAGGAAGUCAUGGAAUCUUACGAAGUGGAAAUCGACGGAAAGACGUAUCAAGUCAAACCCAUCCGCAAUCUGAAUGGACACUCGAUCGGACCGUACCGAAUCCAUGCUGGAAAAACUGUUCCAAUCGUUCGUGGCGGUGAAACUACACGCAUGGAGGAAAAUGAAUUUUACGCCAUUGAAACGUUUGGUUCCACUGGUCGCGGAUACGUUCACGAUGACAUGGAAACGUCUCAUUACAUGAAGAACUGGGAUGUGAGCCACGUUCCACUAAGGUUGGCGAAAUCGAAGCAGCUGUUGAAUGUCAUCAAUCAGAAUUUUGGAACGCUGGCCUUCUGUCGUCGUUGGCUGGAUCGACUCGACCAAACCAAGUACUUGAUGGGGCUGAAAGACCUGUGCGACAAAGGGAUCGUGGACCCUUAUCCACCUCUCUGCGAUACAAAGGGCUGCUACACGGCCCAGUGGGAGCACACGAUCCUCCUGCGACCGACCUGCAAAGAAGUCAUCAGCCGCGGAACCGACUAUUAAUUCUCUCUCUCUAAUUCGAAUUCUCUCGUUUGUUUUGUCCAAAUUAACAUGGGGGAUAAGCGCGAUUAUUUACAAUCUCUUUUGCCUACCA